UCUGGUUUGAUCUGCACCAGAGGCUAACAGACACAGAUGGCACUACCAGCGCAUCCUUGCUGCUGAUCCGUACGGAGAUGGUGGUGACCCAGAAGAAGCUGGGCGACUUCUGCGAGGCUCUGAAGCAGUACCUGAAGAACGUCUCCACUCAGAGAGACUGCUUUCAUGUGACUGCGGUGCGUCUGCCGGACGGUUUAUCCUUCGUCGUCUACGAGUUCUGGGAUGGAGAGGAGGAGUGGAAGCGGCACCUCCAGUCGGCCCCCAACAAAGCCUUCCAGCAUGUGAAGGUGGACACACUGUGCCAGCCGGAGACCGUGUCCUCUGUAGCCGUGCCAGCCGCCUGGUGCAGUGUGAACAGGGACUGAGCAUGAAGAUAUUCAACUACACGCCACCACUCCUGGACGCUCCCCACCUCCUCCUGAACUCCUCCUCCGACCCUCAAACCUUCUCCCCUCCCUGCGUUUUACCCACUCUAACACCCCCUAAACCCCCUCGUCUUUCAACCCUUACAUUCCUCAACUCUUUUUGUAAGUACAUGUUUACACAGUGCAAAUGUAUGGUGUCAACUGCAGUGAGAAAUUGAACAAACAGUGCAUUUAACAACGUGAGAUGGCUAAUGCAUUUGCAUCUCACCAUAGUUAUAUUGGAGAUAUUGGAUUAUGUCAUGUUUCAGGUAGCUUCGAGCCACUGUAAAGUGGAGUGUGUCAUGUAGCAAGGACCCUGGCGUAGAGUUUUUAAUGUAGCGCAUUCUGGAAUGUGGCUUUUUUUUUCCUGCUAGGGUCGACCACAGGUAGAUGACCUUAGUUAGCCGUUAUUUCAUAGUAGCUGUUCAUUCCACAUUUGCUCCCAUACAAAGUGUUCUGAUAAUUACAUUUUCAUUUUGUAACUGACCAAAUGCUUUGGACAUUAUUCUCACAUCAGCCAUUCGAAACUCAUCAACAUCACGAGUAAUAACUUGAUAAAACUUGAUUCAAACAAAUUUGAUUAUAGAUGCAAUAUCCAUACAUACCACAUAAUGUCAGUGUGUGAGUUCUCCAGAAGGACCUGGAGAUAGCACCAAUGUUAGAUUAUGAAGCCAAAAGCUAUAUUAUUAUUUUCAUAGCAUUGUUUUGUAAAAAGAAGAAUUCUGGAAGGUAAUGCCUGAUUUAUGUUUGAUGCCUCUAACAGGCUCGCAAAUGUAAUCUGACACCACGCGGAUGGGCGGAUACAAUUGUCCAUUUAUACAACUAAAUAAUACAAGGUAGACAUUAAAAUAUGUUCCCGAACAAACAAUAAAACCAAAAGCUAAUCAGCAUUGACCUGUGGACAAGUUGAACAAAGUAAAUGUCCUAAAAUGACCACUAAGCUCCUCUAUAAUAACGAUAACUUUGCUCUAUACCUCACUAUAGGUUUAGAGUCUUCUGAACAAUGUUGCCACCUGAGAACCAGGGUUACGGUUGCAACUUAAGACCUACUUACUUUCAGAUCAACUUCAUUUGUUGCGUGAGCUUGUUAAGCAUCUUCACCCCGAGUAUAUUUAUAUAGAAUGGCUGCAGUGGGAGUAAUGUCUUUAACGGGAGGAACUUAUCAUCCUGUGUUAACAAAGCACAUGGUUUUAAUGAGCAACACAAACCAAAUCUCUGCUAAGCCAGACAUCAGUUAUCAGUUCAUCAGAUGGUGACAUAAGCCAGUUUGGUAUCCUGAAUUAUGAAAAGAUGUCGGUCUUCACAAAUAUUUGGAUAUGUAGAUGGUUCUGAUUGACAGACAUGAGAGAAACAUUUAUAGAAUUUGGCGAGUUAUGUUUCUUCAUGUACCUUUUAUUUCACUUUGGGGUUGACCCUUUGAGCACUGACAUUUAAGAGGUGGGAUAAAAAAAGUGUUUUGCUGUCUAGGGAUCAUUUGUGACUUAGACAAGAAUCUGCUGCUACCUUGAGACAGAAAAAACUAAGUAGAGAGACAAAGGCAGCACCUCACUGUUCUCCAUACAGUUUGUUUCAUUUCUGCCGUCUGUUGAUGUAUUCUUUGUCUAAAUUUGCGAUGGGUAACUUAUAUUAGCUGUGUAAGUAGAGAUUGUACAUGAUGAAAAUGUGGUUCUAUGAUUAUUAUAUUUGUAUUUAUUGAAAUCUAUUAGUGCUAUGGUGCAAAUUGUAUUCCUUAGUGAAAGUGGCAGUUGCCUUCGAAACGCUGCAGAUUCUCGUACCAUUUUGUUUGAAUCUGAAUACCUACCAACAAAAAACUUAAACCCAUCUUAAUGACAUUGAAUAUGAAGCCUUAAACAUUAACACAUAUUCCGGGAGCUCUUUAGGGUUUUCAAAAUAAUCUUUUUGGUGUGAUGUAAACUCCCAGUAAGCAGGGAAUGCCCUUUAGCAUCAGAUUACACAACCCCAGUUUUGUGUUGCAUUGACAUAUUGUUACAUAUUCUCCAUUGCAUUAUAUUGAAACUUUCUCAGCUAAGUAAAAACAUAUCACUGGAAAAAAAUGACCUUGACUUCUCUUAGCAUACCGUAGCUUAUAGAUCAACCACCUCUGCAUCUCGAACAACGGUCGUCACAUGUAGUUCCACCAUUAAUCCCAACUAUAAGAGAGAAGGGCUCAAUACAUAUAAAGAGGACAUGACAGACAUUAGAAUCCAUAUCUACUGGGUCUCUUAAACAUAAAGAAAAAGACCCCCAUCAGGAAGCUAUCGUAAGGAUACUAUUUUAAUGUAAUAUCGAAGGUCAACAAUUCCUCCAAACGUCUGUACAUCGCAAUGCAAAAGAUACACAAAACAAAUCUGGUGAAGAAAACCUUUCGUUCAAAUAUAAUUAGCUAAACAAACCAAAUAAUCGUUUCUAAUUUGCGCUACAUUUACUGUCUUCGGCCAUUACCGUGUUCUUGACCCAACUGUUAUUUUAGGCACAAAUCUCAUCCAUUCCCCUUGACCAAGACCUGAGGUUCAUUUCAGGUCAAAAAUACCCGGGCUCCAUCCCCCUGACCUGACCUCCCCCCAAUACCACUACUGUAAUACAAUCAGACUCUCACUCAGAAGGCACAAUGUAAGAAUGAGUGAAUAUUGUGAUUUAAAGAUAUAUUAUAGAGAAUGAUAAGAGUAUUUCAAGAUGUAGAGUAUUACUUUAUCUGGUUAAAGCUGUGUUGAUGAAUCACUCCUGUAAUCUUUCAAAAAGGUCCCAUCUUUCCAUCCACCUCACUAUUGAUCUCUAUUUUCACAUGUGAUUGACAGCCAGGCUGCUCUCUGCCUGGCUGUGGUCCAGUGAGUGUGAUCCUCCUACACUGACAAUGAUGAACCAUCUAGCACCGCGCUGGGCUGCAUUGAGCGGGGCAGGACUGUGUGGAAUGUGGAAGUGUUGAAUAUUAUUACAUAUGCUGUAACAGAACAUAUGUAUUACAGUAGGCUUUUUAGAACAGGCAUGCAGAGGCGUUGCUGCUUUAUUUGUGAAAUGUCUGUACUAAUCACAGUGUCUGUGUUAAAGGAACCCUGUGGAGGUUUAGCCACUAGUAGCGCUGUGGAGCAGUGUGUACUUACCCUACUGUCUCGCUGUUGAUUUCACACUACUGUGCUGCAAACCCAGAUUUAGACAAUUAAGGUUUAUAAAACUAGAUUUAAAAGAAAUGAAAUGCGUUCAUGGCGCUGGACCUCAAAGUAAAGCUGCUCUGUCAAUUAGCAUUAGACUAGCUGCAAGUUAGCCAAAGAGAAACUAGCAUUGGUUUAAAAUCCAGCUACGUAAAGAACCAGAAACAACCUGCAGCUAAAUCAUAAUUAUGAAAAUGUUACUUUAAACAUAUUCCUUUUUGUACUUCUUCAUUAUCUAAAUAAAUGCCUAAAUGAGAUGCAUAAAUGUUGGACACUACAUUUUUGACAUUUAUUUGGCUAUUAUUGUUUUUUUAAAAGACCAAUGUAAAAAUAACAUCAUCAUAUGUUCUCUUAUUCUAAAUCCUUCCCAGCAGCAGGAAUCAAUGUAACAUCUUGCAAUACAUCCCAUCUCAGGAUAUCAGUUUUCCGUGCCACCCUCUCUCCCUGCCCUCAGCAGCAUGCAGCAGAAACGAUAUCUCUGCAUCAGGAUCACCCCGGCUCCCUGUGGAGCUCAGUUAACGACUUCUAAGGUCGAACACUUUUUAAUCUGCACCAAGGACUACUUCUGUUUGGGCUCGUUUAAGGGGAAGUUAACGACAGCACUAAAAUACUGAUUGUCAAAGUUGCUUUGAAUAUUUUGAGGAUAGACCUAUUUUUGGUGACUUUAACAUUUCACUCAUUAAUUGCUGCUUUUAUAACACCAUAUUCUCACGCACCGAAAGAUCAGAGUAAUAAAAAGCCUAACUUCCUUUAAAUCUCCUAAAUUGUGUAAAACAGUAGAUUCUACCCCAGUUCUUAAUGAGUUAAUGUCAGCUUCUUGGGAAACAGCCAAUGGGCUUUAACGGACAGGAAUCUGUUCAAGACUACGGAUCUUUUUCUUAACCUUAAAUCUGCAGCUAAGCUAAUGACAGAGCAAGUUAGUUUACAAGAAAAGCUCCACAGGGUACCUUUAAUCUUUCACUUCUGAAAAAAAACAAAAAAUAAUAACUCCUGUUCCAAAUCUUGUUUGUGUCCAACAAGGAGCUGCCGUAUUACGAAUAGAAACAUAAAGCCAUAUUGCAUGGAUUGAUGUUUACAUGUCAGUGACCUACUAAUACUGAUAGCCAUAGUUUUACAGUACUCGAGUGCUCAGCUGAAUGCAGCCCACAUGCUCUUAGCGAGGGUUUCUUUUCCUGUACAUUGCGCCCACGCGGCUGGGUUGUGUAUGUGAGGUAGAUAGUGAGUGAACUGUCAGAAAUACCAAUACUGUUUCCUAUUGAUACAUUCCUGAAUGUCCCUCAGACUGUGCAACCUGUUCUUUUCUAUCCUUAAUACUCUUCAGUGCAACCUGUGCUUCGCCAUACAAUCAAAGAGUUGUGUUAUUGAAACAGGCCUUGAUUUGAAUGUUUCCUGGCAACAAGAGAUGAAACGGAGGAAGCGUGUCACCAGGUUUACCUCAUGAGCCAAUCAGGAAACAGAUCAGUGCUACGACUCUUUCUUUCUAUGGCUGUGUUCUUUUCUAUCCUUCAACUGAGUGCAUGUCAACUGAAUGUCCAGUAAGUUCUUUGCUGUAGUAUUAGGCCAUGCUACUCUUCAAUGGGUUUUGUGCAUUUCUUACCUUUUCCUUUUCUAGUAUUCCUUUGAAGGAGACAGAGACUAAAACCUAUUAUAUAAAAUAUAUAUGACUAUAAAAAUGGCAUACAAGAAUGAACAUUCACUUUUAUGGCAAUGUUUAAUGAAAUAUUAAUUCUUAAUGUAUGUUUCAGUAAAAAAUACAGCUUUCUCUUAAGUGUAGAGACUUAACGCAGGGAUGCAAGUAUUAUAUUUGGUCUUGUUGAAAUUCUAGAUGAUGUAGAGUGAUGCAAUUCAAUAAACU